AAUCUUGUACACGCACACAUCCAUUUCACUUCCUCAAAUGUCCUCCCCCUUCUUUACAGUCGCUGUGUUCUUUUCCUUGCUUCGACCGUCGUUCGGCCUUCCCUUCUGUCCCUCUCAUUGGCGCCUCGCCGAGCAUAUCACUCGACCGCAGACGUAUAGCUCAGUUUACCUCAAAAUCUUGAUCCGGGUAACACGUUAAGGAAUCGGCAGAACUCGUAACCGUAUUUACUCGAUUCUUGUUGAUCUUUCUUACUCCGUUAACUUGGAUAACGUGAGACAAGAAGUAGAAGAAAUUAGAAAUUCUUUUCUUUUAUUGACAAAGGAGAAGUGGCAAAGGAUGGAAGCACACGUUAGAAAUGUGAAUGACAGCCUCAACAAUUCACCGACAGAAGCGUACAUGCCUACGUCAGAGACAUCCUUCACUGUCGAGGAAGAAGACGCGUUUGUGACGUUGGUAGUUGUUGUGUUCGGCAUCAUCGUUGCCAUGGUGGUGCUAUUUUCGAUGGGUAUCUUCAUAGAUUGCAGACACCAGGAGAAAGAUUCUAUGAAAAGAAAAAAACUGAAAAUGCUGCCGUUUGCACGAAGAGGUCGGAAAGAUGACGUGAAAGCUUUAGCUCCAAAUAUGUAUCCCAAUGACGUUACUGGGUCCAAGGAGAGAGAUGAUGUAGUUUGA